AUGCCGCCACAUCUGGCCAAGCGCAGUCGCGACAAGGACGAUGACAACGAGCGCGACUCCAGUCCAGAUUCGAGCGACAAGCGCCGACGAGUAAUCGGCCCAGCACCUCCGCCUUCCGCAACCUCACCUCAACGCACAGUUGGACCUUCACUAUCACUAGCUACAACAUCGCCACCGGCAGUCCAAAAAGAAGAAGACGAUUCAGAUAGCAGUAGCGACGACGACUUUGGUCCCGCGCCUCCACCAGCCGGCGCAACAUAUACCGGCGACCAUGGCGCAACACCCAUACCAUCCGCCUUCGACACCUCACCAGAACUUACAGAAGCGCCUAAAAAAGUGCAACGCGACGAAUGGAUGACACUACCCCCUACCCAAGACGAUCUCUCCCGCAUGGACCCCACCAAGAUGCGCGCGCGGAAAUUCAACACAGGAAAAGGCUCCGCAAGCACCGGCGGCGGCCUAAGCAGCGCAUGGACCGAGACGCCCGAGCAGAAGCUCAAGCGACUCCAAGACGAAGCGCUAGGUAUCAGCGCGCCCAGCAACUCUGCGCCCACGACAGCAGACUCGAAGCGCAGUAAGGAGGAGGAGAGGCGGGUGCGCAAGAUGCGCGAGAAGAUUGAGGCGGCGAGAGGCAAGAGUCUGGUGGAGCAGCAUCAGGAGAAAGGGACGGGCAAGGAUGAGGAAGAUGAUCCUAGUAAACGUGCUUUUGACUACAAGAAGGAUAUGGCUGUUAGCGGGACGGUGAAUCAUAAGCAGCGGAGGGAGAUGCUGAAUAAGUCAAAGGGCUUUAGUGAUCGGUUUUCUAGUGGUAGCUUUUUGUAG